CAGGUGUUCCAAUCCCCUCCAUAUCAUGAGAUUCAGGUGUUCCAAUCCCCUCCAUAUCAUGUGAUUCAGGUGUUCCAAUCCCCUCCAUAUCAUGUGAUUCAGGUGUUCCAAUCCCCUCCCAAUCAUGUGAUUCAGGUGUUCCAAUCCCCUCCAUAUCAUGUGAUUCAGGUGUUCCAAUCCCCUCCCAAUCAUGUGAUUCAGGUGUUCCAAUCCCCUCCAUAUCAUGUGAUUCAGGUGUUCCAAUCCCCUCCCAAUCAUAGUCAAUAGCUAAAGACCUCCAAACUUGGUGUGGCCUUCAGAUGAGCCCAACAACAGUGCGUAGAGAGCUUCAUGGAAUGGGUUUCCAUGG